AUGGAUGUACCAGAGGGGAAUGGAAACCCUUUGGGCAAUGGACUCGGUCGAGCUAGGCAAACUCGACCGAUUGGUCAAGGAGAUGCUCCAAACCGCCACCAACAGAGACAAGGGAUUGUUCCACCACCAGUGCAGAACCACAACUUUGAGAUCAAGCUGGGAAUGAUCAACCUUGUCCAGAACAAGAUGUUCCAUGGAUUGCCAAGUGAAGACCCCAUUGACCACCUUGAUGAGUUUGAUAGGCUUUGUGAUUUGACAAAGAUCAAUGGUGUCUCUGAAGAUGCCAUCAAGCUGAGACUCUUUCCUAUGUCUCUAGCUGACAAAGCUCACCAAUGGGAGAAGAGCUUGCCCCAUGGCACAAUCACCACUUGGGAUGAAUGCAAGAAGGCCUUUCUUGCUAAGUUUUUCUCCACCGGUCGCACAGCCAAGCUUAGAGGAGAGAUAUCCAGCUUCAUCCAGCGAAACAAUGAGACAUUCGCAGAGGCUUGGGAGAGGUUCAAAGGCUACACAAGUCAGUGCCCACACCAUGGAUUCAACAAUGAAUCACUACUCUCCACUCUUUAUAGAGGAUGCUUGCCUAGGUAUAGGGAGAUGCUAGACACAGCUAGCAAUGGGAACUUCCUCAACCAGGAUGUAGAUGAUGGCUGGCAACUUGUGGAGAACAUGGCCAUAUCAACAGAAUGCUAUGGAGAGCACUAUGAAAGUACAGACUGGAGCUCGACCGCACUCGAUCGAGCUGGACGCUCAGAUGAGAAAAGACAUGCUUGCACUCAACUCGAAGUUGGACAAACUGAUCCUAGCCCAAUUCCCUGCCAAGCAUGUCAACUAUGUCUCAGAACAAACCUUAGUCAAGGACCAGGAAGGGGAGGAGACAACACAAGAAGUUUGCUACAUUCAAAAUAG